UUUAAUAAAUAUUUGGUUUGAAUUGAUAUCUCAUUCAUUCAAUAAUUAUUAUUGCAUUCAAUAUUAAAGUCAUUUUAUUUAAAUUGAUUUCAACUAAAUGACAACAUUUUAUUAAAAAUUUUAUUAUUAUUAUUAUUACAAGAUUAUCACCAAAUGGAUCACUUGACUCUCGGACAAGAGAAUGACAUGUUGUCGAUGGUGUCGACCAGUGGACAGCCGCUUAAGGCAUCGCUUCAAUCACAGACGCAAAGUUCAGACCUCAAAGCACUGAAGACACCGGCAAUCAAAGGCAAAGGCCUUACAUUUACCAAAACAUCGGCUUUGAAAUCGUCGCGAAAAGCUUUCGGAAAUGUUAGUAAUGUCUUGCGUUCAGAAAUAAAACCAUCCGUUGGCGGACUUAAUGAAAACAAAAAUCACUCGAAGACAGUAAAGAAAGACAACACAAAACAGGCCAACAAUGAGAUGAGUGAUGUCGGCGGUCAUCAAAAACAAGACAAUGUUGAACACACUUACUCUGAACCAAUUGAUUCCAAGUAUUUGGAUGACAUCGAAGAGAUGCAUCCCAUGAAAGAGGAGCUAAUGUUAGAUAUCAAUGAUCCGCUCACUACUGACUUGUAUGCCAUCGACGAUAAAGAGAUUUUUGAGAUGCAAUUUGAUAGCGAUUUCGGAGAUGAAUUGCUCGACAACAAAGAGUUUGAUUAUAAUCUUCUUUAAAAUACUUUUAUUUUGUCAAAAAUUAUAACUAUUAACUAGUUUUUUCAUUUACUA